AUGAUGAAGCUGCUUCUUUCUCUGACUCUCAUCUGGGCGCUCUCCAGCACAGGUGAAGCACUUACUACCCCAACUACAACAACCACUACACCAACUACAACAACACUUGUGUGUGAAACUUGCACAGAUGUUACAGAUCUUAACUGUUCAACCACAGCAGCAGUUACAUGUCCCACAGGCACGAUGUGUAUCACAGCUUCCAUUCAAGCCGUUUCAUCUGGGACUCCUGGACAGCAAAUCUACAAGGCCUGUGCCCCCCCCUCCCUGUGUCCAGCCACAGGCUCUCAGACAUUUUCAGUGAACUUGGGUGUUUCCAGUGCACUUGCAAGUGCUACAUGCUGCAACACAGACAGCUGCAACUCCAACACUCUGCCUUUCCCUGUGGUUCCAGCAGUUAACAGUCUACAGUGUCACGUUUGUAACCCCGUCACCUCUGAUUGCAGCUCUUCAGUACAAUGUAAGGGAACAGAGGAUCUCUGCUUUCAAGCCAGUGUGACAAAUACGGGCGGCACUUCUCCAGCUUUUGGCUGUGCAUCUACAAAUCUGUGUGCAGCUGCUGCCAGCCUGGGGUCACUGCCUUUCAUGCAAAGUGUUGGUACCAUUACCAGUGGACCAGCCUGUUGUGGGACUAGUUUGUGUAACACUCUCACUACAACA